AUGACAACACAUGUCUAUGGGCAUAUUUCCUUCAGUUUCCUCUUUGGUGCUAAGGAGGCAAGGACGUACGUGGGUUCCCAAGGAAUCCCCCAAAGGUUUUCCAUUCUGGUGCAACAAGACCAAGACCGCUGGCUCGACAGGAUGGGGGUCAUCGCCGAGCCCGCCACUGCAUCACGACCAGAAGCUUUGCAGACGAAGACCACCUUUAGUCGGGAUAGGCAACCCACCACAAAGCAGGAGUGGGGUUUUACACCGCAAGGUGGCCCGAACCUGGGUAAACCGUUGUGUCCACCUCUUCUUCCUGCUCGCUCGAAUCCGACGAGGCCAAGCCGUGAGGCAGUGAGCACGGAGCUGCAGCUAGACGAGGACAACCUUGCCGCGCUCUGGGAGGAGGAUGCGGGCGACGCCGACGACAUCUUCGUCUCCGCCGCCUCCUCCGACACCGCCGAUCCCGAAGCCAGGGACGAGGAGGUCGCCCGCGUCCGCGCCGUCGUGGAGUCCACCCCGGAGGACCAGAUCCCCACCGCUAUCGCCGACAUGGUCGUUGACUUCACCGAGCCGCUCCUAGCCGCCAUCCUCCUCUCCGCCGAGAACUGCUCUGGUAAAAAGCUGCUCCUCUUGUUCAAGUCUGCCGGGAAGAACAACCCUGAUGUCAAGAGCCUUGCCAAUCUUGACAUCGUCGCGAGCAAGGUUGCUGAUUCAGCUCAGAUUGACAAGAUGGACGCGUACAUGCUCUGGGAUUUGGUGAAGGAAAUGGGCAGUGUGCCAGGAUCAUUGAGCAUCCCACUGCUGAACAAAGUGCUAGCAAUGUUCUGGAAGCUCGAGAAAUCAAAGGCGGCGCUAGAGGUGCUUGACAAGUUCAGUGAGUUUGGCUGCACUCCGGACGGCGACAGUUAUUAUCUGGCGAUUCAAGCGGCUGGAAAGAAGUCCAUGGUUGGUGCUGCAUGGGGAGUUUGCGAGAAGAUGAUUAGCUCUGGGCGCUUCCCUGAUGGGGAGAAGGCCGGUGAGAUUGUGACCUUCUUUUGCAAGGGGAAGAAGGUGAAGGAGGCACAUUCAGUAUACCUAGCAGCGAAGGAGAAGAAGGUUCAGAUUCCUACGUCAUCCUUGGAUUUCCUUGUUGGUGCUUUGGCGAAGAAUGACGAGACCGUCAGUAUGGCUCUGGAGCUGCUGGAGGAAUACAAAGGAGAGUCUCUUAAGCAUGCAGGCAAGUCCUUUGCUGCCGUUAUACAUAGUUUGUGCAGGGUGAAGAAUGUGAAGGAUGCAAAGAAGCUGUUGAUGAGGAUGGUGAAUCUUGGCCCAGCUCCUGGUAGUGCAGUGUUCAACUUUGUCAUUACAGGAUUGUCUAAAGAGGGAGAAAUGGAGGACGCAAAGGAUAUGAUUAGGGUGAUGGAGAGCCGAGGGCUGCGCCCUGAUGUUUAUACAUACAGCGUGAUCAUGAGUGGCUACGCAAAGGGAGGCAUGAUUGAUGAAGCCCAUUCUCUACUUCGCGAAGCUAAGAAGAUCUAUCGAAAACUAAACAGGGUUACUUAUCACAUACUGAUCCGUGGUUACUGCAAGAUGGAGGAGUUUGAGAAGGCCCUGGAGUGCCUAAAGGAGAUGAAGAAGGACGGGGUGCAGCCAAAUGUGGAUGAGUAUAACAAACUCAUCCAGUCGUUAUGUCUGAAGGCUAUGGACUGGAGAACAGCUGAGAAGCUCCUGGAGGAAAUGGAGGGCAGUGGACUAUACCUUAAGGGCAUUACCCGCAGCCUCAUAGCAGCAGUCAAGGAAUUGGAAAUGGAAGAGGUGUCAAAAGACAGCCAAGAAGCAUAG